UCUAUAUCAUUAAUUAUGAAGGGACAUAGGAUAAUGUUGGGAAUAUACACAUGCCCGUUACGCUGCACGAAAGUGGGAAUUUCGUAAUAUUCCAUAUGGCAAUGAUGCGAGGAUACAAAGAGUUCCGUCUCAUAACGUCCUCUUUUCUUACAUAAUACAUACCGAAAGAAACAUCUGCCGUUCUGUUUCCCGGAACUGCUGAUCUCCUCUGAUGUAAGGCGACGCAACCAUAUUUGGAUUCAGUCACGUUCCUCGACGUCGCCGGUAAGCAACCCGAAAGGGGCAGGCAACAACAACAAUAAGAGCCCGGUUAUACUGCGUUGUUUUAUAAUACGCCGUGCUGAUUUAACAAUCGACAUUUUGCAAGGCGGCAUAUUAUACAUCGCUAUUCCAUUCAACACUACGUACGGACGUGUUUAUUUAUUUCACGUGAAAAGUGGCGAUGGGAAAUUUCAUGAACAGGAACCGUCGCAUUCUUGUCCUCACUGCCAUGGUUCUGUUGCCUAGUUUACUGGUGUCGUCGCUGUGGAUGACCAGCAAUAAGCGACAGAAAAAUGUUCAGAGGAUAAAUGAUGUCAACAGAGUGGCAGACGACAAAAGAAAGCCUGAAAAACAAAUCGCGAGACAAAUCGUUUACUUAAAUCGCCUACGUGAAAAGGCAGCAAAUAUCCGCGUCCCCAGCCAAAAGAGUCGAUACGGAAGCUCCUCAUAUUCGCAGCUGCAAGUCAUUAAAGACCCAUCAGUUUACCAAGUCGGUUCUUACGAGGCCGAUUACUAUUCCAAUCAAGCCGAUCCUCAUCUCUUAUACCCUGAGGAUAUGCCUUAUCUGGAAUGCAAUAAAGGCAAGAAGAAGAAGGUUUUGAAGGCCAGUCUCAUUUUGGGGUCGGUCGGGUUAGUUCUCGGCAAAUUAGGCCUCAUCUCUAUAUCAUCCCUUCUGGUUGUCGAGAACACGACUACAACCUCAACAUCGACAUCCACGUCGACGUCAACAACGUCAACAACAACUUCAAUGACAUCUACCACUUCUACCACUUCAACAACGUCGACGACAUCGACGACGACAUCAACGACAACGACGACAAUGAUGGCUAUGACUUGUAGUACUAACACAACGGCUCCAACGGGAAGCUACAAAACAGUCCGCAAUCCUGGCAUCCAGGUGGAACAGUGUCUGUCCAUCACUGUACCUGCCGGUAGCCGAGUCAAAAUGAUUUGCACGUCCGUCUACACGGUAGGUGGAACUUACGUUACGAUCCUCGAUCAGAGCGGAACUUCAAUCAUUGCGAACCCGCCCACCGUCAAUGUGGCGUACACUUCGGCGGACAACACGAUGCUGAUCAAAUCCCUUGCCAGUAGCGCUAAUUCUGACACACUUUGCUGCACUUGGUCUACAACGUAG